CAAAAGGAGUCGCUGCAGCUCGCCCGCCCGCCGCCUCCGCCUGUUGUUUCUUCCUCCCCCGGAACUUUUGUGCCGGGCCGCGGCGGCGAGGAGGGCGGUGUUCCGUGUUGCUCUCCGCGGAUGUGGGCCGACAGGAGCGGGAUGGCGGCGGGGCACCUGCAGCAGCUGUGGUGGGGGGCGGCGGGGCUGGGGCUGUCCCGAGGGGCGCUGGUGGGGCGCUUCGCCGCCCUGCGGCCUCUGGGCCUGCUGCUGCCCCCGCAACCUCGACUUCUGGCGGUUUCGGUUCGCGGGGCGGCGGGCGGCGGCGGCCUGGAGGCGAACCCCUUCUUCGCCAAGUACCAAGGCAAGAUCCAGGAGCUCCGCAGAUCCAAUCCAGAAAUUUUUGAAUCCCGACUGGAUCAAAGGAGCGAAGUGAAAAAGCAGCCGGUGGGAGAUUCGAAGCAAGCAGAGUUUGUCAGACUGAUGGAGGAAAAGUUCAAAGAAUCACUUCAUGGGUUCACAAAAAAUAAGACACUUGAUUCUAUCCUUAAUGUGGAGAUGAUGAAACGGAAGAAGCCCGACGAAAUAAAACAGAUAUGGAAGCAGUAUUAUUCUGGAGAAGACACAGUUUAUGCAGUUAUUCCUGGAAAGACUUUUGAUCUGAUAUGGAAACGAGUUCAGGACUGCCCAUCUUUUCUAUAUCCACUGCCAAGAAAGGAGGGCUAUGAAUUUUUUGUGGGACAUUGGUCAGGACCAGAACUCCACUUCACUUCUCUGAUAAACGUUCAGUCUCGAGGGGAAUCUGCACCUACCCAGUUGGUCCUGUAUCAUUAUCCUGAGCUACAAGAGGAAAAGGGCAUUGUACUGAUGACAGGUGAAAUGGAUCCUAGAUUUUUGACUGUCACAGAAGCCCAGUGCCUAGCCAGCCAGGUGCAGCUUUUUUAUGCCACGGACAGCGAAGAGACCUACCGUUUAGUGGAAGAGUUUAACCACCGGCCAAAUGAGUUUAAGUACAUGUCUGUAAUAGGUGAGCUUGAACAGAGCAGGCUGGGGGAAGAACUCAGGCCUCAGCAAGACCUACCAUCGUCCACUGCGUGAGUGGUGGGAGAAGCCUUGAAGAGACAUGACGGGUAUCGGAAGCGUUCUUGCCUUGAGUUCUGGAGCUGCUGCUUCUGACUGAAAUAAUCUUGAUGGGAAAGGGGUGACAUUGACAUCUGAUGGGGAGAAGAAUAUCUUACCAAGUGACCUAUACAUCUGGGAGCAUGGAGGUACUUGCACAGCCUUUGUUUCUGGCUGGUAGGAGAAAGAAGGAAAGCAUAACCUUGAUAUCCACUUGAUGGUGUUUGGCAUUUGCUUUCCCCCCCCCACCCAAAAAACGCACACAGACUAGCAAAUUUCAGCAUUUAUGAAGGUUUAUUUAAAUCUCUUCAUUCAGCAAGGGAACGUAAUUGGACAGGGGGAGGGGGGGAGCUAGGAGACACUACUGUAGAUGGAUGCAUCAUAAUGUGCUACGUUCUUAGACAAAAUAUAUAUUUUUAUUAUUUACACUAAAACACCCUUGACAUACAGGAAACUACAGCCCAAGCAAAAAGGACAAUUUCCAGCCCCAGAGAGCUUAAAAAUCUGACAGUAGGACGUGAAUAAGCACAAAAUGGAAAUCUGUUUAGGGUGACCAAAUUUUGCAGUCAUCUGGUACGUAAAACCAAAAACAUUUUUUUCUCUUUUUAAUCAAUGAAUAAAUAAAUUUCAUCUGAGGCUGUCCUCCAUGAAAUAUGGUUGAAUGUUUUCCAUGGUGCUGCUGGCAAUUCUUAGUACUGGAAAGGUGUUGGGUCAAUUUCACCAACACUGACUAGAGCUGAGGAAAUGCCCUGUUGCCUUCACCCUCUAAAAGCGCCUUUAUGAGAUAGAACUACAUGUUUUUAGAAAUUGAGAAGGAUCUUAAGCUAUUCCUAGCCCCAUAGAUGUUGAGGAACUGGGCCGUGCGCGAUUUUACUCGUCAUUCAUCUGUGAAGUGGAGAUAAUGCUUUGUUACCUUGUGUUUCCCCUCUUUCUUGCCGCUUCUGUGUAACGGGUUCAGAACCUUAUUUGGCCCAGAUGUUUGUUUCUGAACCUGACAGGGAUGGGGUGAGAAGGGGGACGAGUGGCAGGUUCAGGAAAGCCCAGGUGCAGAUGCCUCUGGUCUUGCAAGCGCUAGGCAUGACUCUCAACCCACAGAGGUCUAUCCAUCUCUGGGUUGCAUCCAACACUACUGUUCUGCUUACACAACGUAGCUUUCUGAUGCUCUCCUCUCUCUUGCAACCCCACAUCCUCAAAAUCUCCUGAGGGUUGUAGGAUCCUCAGGAGCAGAUUUGGGAGGCAGGGGCAAGGGCACACAGAGAAGAGAAGAAGAGAAGGUCAUGUUGCAGAAGUAGACCUCCCAUAUGCACAGCAUUUGAUGCAUCCCUAAGUCAUGGCAUGAGCAGGACAACUUCUCCUUCCCCUGCUCCAGAGAGUUGGGGGAAACCCUCAAAGUAGAAUUUCUUUUGGGGAAGGGGGCAAAUUCUGCUCAUACUAUGACUUAGCUGCAUACCCCCCAUAGACAGCAGGAAAGAAGGAAGGAAGGCAUAAGACAGUAUCUGUGAGUCUAAUUAGCUGCCUUCUCAGGCUGGGAUCAGAAAUGAGUAUCUGUCAGUCCCUUCAAUCUACAGUAAAGGGGCAGUGGCAACUAGUAGGCUCACUGUGGUCAAAUAAGGGGAGCAGGGAGAGAACUUGUAAUUUUGAGAAUUUUUUUUGAAGUUGCAAGUUUGAAUCUUUCUAUUUUGUGCCUCGGCCUGUCUUCUCUGUUCUGUGAUGUGCUGCCUGCUGAGAAAACCCCAGUGUCCCGUCCCCCCUUAGUUGAAAUGAUUCAAGACCUUCUGCUUUGCAUAUCACGGGCUAAUUUGCAUAUUGUUGAAUACUCCGUUAUUUGAAAACCAAAGCUUUGCGAUACCUUGGAAAGCAGGUGAAAUGGGUCAAGAAAGAAAGGGAGAGAAGCAGGAUUGCUACCUGAUUCCAAGAAAUUGUUUGAUUAAUCGUGUGUUGAUUGAAUGAAUCUGUAUACCUUUGCAUAUGAAUAAAAACAAUAUUCUGAAAAAGCA